UAUGCAUAAGAAAUAUUAUAUUAAAAAAAUGGCUGGAUAAGUUCAUAAGACUGAUAGUGAAAAUUCAGCUGAUUAAUCAUCAAAAUAUGAUUAGUUGUAUUCUAUAAUAUAGAAAAUUGAAUCUACAGGGGAAAGUUCUGAAAUUUAAGUUUUAAAAUAAAAGAAAUCAAGACGUAAAUGGUCAUCAGGGUCAGAUGAUAAACAUAUUUAACCUUAAUAAUAAGAGUUAUAAUAGGAGGAUGUAAAAUCAUCACCAAAAUAAGGAAAUUAGGGUUAAAGUUUAAAUUUAGAAUCUAAUUAAGUAGUAAGUAAUUUUAAUAUUAAUAAUACAAAUGGUUCAGAAUCUUCCGAUGUGAAUUCUAGUAGUUCUAAUGAAAAUUUAUAGGAAUCUAAUUAAUAUCUUUCACCUAGUAAAUAAUAGAUGAAUUCAGAGUAGAAUUUGUAAUAAAGAAAUUAAUAAAAAUUUAUGAGUGUAAUGGAAAAUUUAGGAAUCAAUUUACAAUUGUUAAUUAAUUAUAAAGAAAUUAAAUAAGGAUCUUAAAUUGGAAAAGGAAGUUAGGGAAUAGUUUUUAAAGGAAAUUGGUUAGGGUAGGAUGUAGCAAUUAAAUCUUAUUGUAAAAAGCAAGAUAAGUAAAAAAAUAAAUAAUUAAUGGUUGAUUUUUUAAAAGAAAUUUAAGUUAUCUCUAAUUUAAGGCAUCCUAAUAUAGUUCUAUAUAUGGGUGUUUGUAUAAAGAAACAUAAAUUCUACUUAAUUACUGAGUAAUUAACGAUAUAAUAUUUAGAUAUAUGGAAAAUGGAAGUUUAUUUGAUCAUCUUCAUAAAAGGAAAACUAAAAAUUUAAAUUUUAUAUAAAUAAUAGAAGAUAUUACUUUAGGAAUGAAUAAUCUUCAUGGUAGAGGAAUAAUGCAUUGUGAUUUAAAAUCUUCAAAUGUUUUGAUUGAUUAAAAUUGGAAUGUUAAAUUAUGUGAUUUUGGAUUAUCAAGAAUAAAAAGUAAAAAAACUAAAUGUAUGAUUGGAACACCACAUUGGAUGGCACCUGAAAUAAUGAGAGGAGAACCUUAUACAGAAAAAUCUGAUGUAUAUUCGUUUGGAAUGAUAUUGUGGGAAAUUAUAACAGGUCAAAUACCUUAUGAAAAUUUAUCUUCUACAUAAAUAUUUGGGACUGUUGGUUGGGGAUAAACUUAAGUUGAAAUUCCACAAUUUAGUAAUCCUCCUAUUUUGGCAAUUCUAGCAAAGGAUUGUCUUUAACUAGAUCCUUCAUAAAGACCAACAUUUGCUAAGAUUCUAGAAAGAAUAUAAGAAAGUUAAAAGUAGAGAUGUUAAAAUAAAGAAAAAGCCAAGAAAUUUUUAAUUGAUUUUUUAUCCAAUUGA